AGAACAUCGAGAGGAUGGUGGAUCACACGGGAUCCUAGUGGACAAGAGAAAUAGUUGUGCGACCACGACGAGUAAUAGAAGUUGUGCUCCUCACACGAAUUAUUGUCCCAGUAGUUGUGCCACCACUGCUCGUGUUAAUCUAGGCCUUCCUAAUAGCAAUAGGAAUGCUCGCUCAGCAUCGGGGUCUAGUUUCGUGCGGAUGACAGAUGAACGAGGACCUCAAUCGAAGACCACGGAAGCGUAUCGGCGCUAUUUAGAAACUGCCGACUUCUUACAAGAAGGGCUAUACGGAAUGCCACCACUCGCGGCACAAGAAAGGUACUGACUUGCUUCUUUUGGUGACUUUUAUUUCUCAACAGGACGGAGGUUGAGAGUAAGUAAUUGUAUUCACGAGGACUAAGUGCUGUCAUUAGGGCAUGUCUUCAUGUUGGACUAGAUAUUUAUAGGGAUGAUUUCGAAUUUUCACAGUGAGAACACUAGCCAGACGGUGAUUGUCGCAAGAGAGUUCAACUUGAUGAACUUAUUUUCACUUUUUUCUUGGAUUUAAAGAUCAAGGGGUUUUUGGCACAACUCUCUAUACAUACAUUUAUAUUUUGAAUCCAAUUUAACUACUACAGCACGUCCGACGGUUAUUGGCUUGGAACGGCGGCGCCUCUCUAUUCGCAUGCUCAAAUGGUAUUCUUCUAGUUUCACGAUUUUGCUUGCAGUAGAAUCCUAACGAGCCUCUUUUUAUUUAUACAGUUUUUUCUCUUGUAACUAAAUCUGUUUCGAACAUAAUCCACAGAUUGGAGCCAUGGGUUUUUCAGAGCACGUGUUGCCGCCACCGCCACCCCCACCAGGCAAGGGCUUUCAUUUGCCGGCCCCGCCCGGCAUCGUGGUAUAUAGAUUUUUUUAUGGUUCUUUCGAAAGUUUGCUUUCUUACUGCCAUCUUUUGUUCAGAAUACGAAGUUAUCCAAACCUAGUCGAGUGAUCCUAUCUUGUUCCAACCUUUUUGUUUUUGUAGAUGCUGUCCAUAAAGAAGACAGUUUGUCAAACCACGUCAUUCACCGCAAAAGAUCUUCACUUGCUCCAUCCAAAACUUUUCAGCCUGGAUCUGCGGCGUCGUCUCUGGAGGCGAUCUUAGGGCAAUCAGUGACGCAUCGGGUAGCGAAGCCGCCACCUCCUCCUCCAGGCUUGGCGGUUGCAGGACAGCCACCAAAUCCCAAAGCGCGUACUAAUUUCAUUUGAUUGUUUGGGAAGAUUUUGGUGAAGUUAAAGAGAUUGUGAAUGUGAUAGAGCCUGUUUCCAAUGAUCCCUAUGAAAUUUUCUCUUCCUUGAUCCUAACAGCAUUUGUUCCGCAAGCGACUGCUCGGAUUCCUCCGCAAAUGUACGAAAAUGGUCCACCCGAACGCACCAAAGGGAGCAGAAAUGAGUGGCCAAGAGAUCCUGCCUAUAGGCCGCGUGAUGCGCAUUCUAUUAAAGGGAAGGAUCAUCCGCAUGCAGGUAUAAAAAUUAUAUCGUGUCGUGAAGAUAUAAUGAUGACAGUCUUUCCUAAUCUAACCUAACCUGCUGUGGAGGACGCGUAACCUAACCUGCUAACCUAGCCUCUUUUACUAGAUCUAGCAUUCUGUACAAUACGCCACCUUCAUCUACAAUCAUACUGUAUAAGAAACCUUAAUCCCCUGACACCUUAACACUUUCACACCUUAACACUUUCACACCUUAACACUUUCACACCUUAACACUUUCACACCUUAACACUUUCACACCUUAACACUUUCACACCUUAACACUUUCACACCUUAACACUUUCACACCUUAACACUUUCACACCUUAACACUUUCACACCUUAACACUUUCUUGUAAGGAUCGUCUUCUUGUGUCGUCGAAGAUGUGAGACGUGCUGGAAAGCCGGGAAAAAACAAAGGCGCCUGGGAUCCCUAUCCUCUUCCUCUUUGGGGAACUGGGAAACCGGCUGGCCGGCGUAAAAUUUCUCUGAGAUUCCUGAUGACGAGUUUUUUCAACUCUAUACUACAAGAACUGCGACAUUACUACAAUUUUUAUUGAUCAACUCUAUACUACAAUUUUUAUUGAUCAUGUCCACCUUUGAUAUGUCCACCUUUGAUCAUGUCCACCUUUGAUACUGGCUACUUUAGGUAGAUGAAGAUGGUCUUUGGUCUUGGUGUGAUCUUCAUUUAGGUCCUCUGUUCUUUUGUACUUCUAGUACUCUACUAAAACUAGUUUCUACUACAGUUUAUUGAAGAUAGUACUGUUGUACCAUCUUCAAUAAACACUUGAUUGAUGCUCUUGAAUUAUGAACCCCAGAUCAUCAGAAGCAACCGACGCCCACAGAGGCAUACGAUUUGGGCAUGGAGAGGACGAUGGAUGGGGGAAAGAUGGACCCGAGAAAGUAUACUCAUACUGAAUCUGAAGAAGAUUUAGUAGAACACAAGCAUAUACUAGAUGAAGUUGAUAAUGAACAUGCUGUUGAACAAGAAGAACAAGUUAAAAUUGAUAAUGAACAUGCUGUUGAACAAGAACAACAAGUAGAACAAGUCUUAGUUGAGCAACGAGUUGCUUCUGAUAGAACUGACGAAGAUCAUCAUGCUGUACAAGUUCCGAGGACACCUUCUCCGGUUCUGAAUCGAGCCGAGCCACAGUCUCCUUUACACGGGGAAAGCAGCAAGAGGACUACAAAAGAUGCUGAGACUCUCCUUGCUUCUUCAUCAACUACUUGUAGUAGCACCACUAGUAAUUCCUGUGGAGGUCGUGGUAGCACAACUCCAACUGAAAAGAGAGAAAGGUCAGAACCAUACGGCCUAACUUCUGACUUGCAAGAAGAAGAAAAAGAAGAAGAUCAUGAUCAUGUUUGUGGCUCUCCUAUCUCGUCGCCGGUUCUAUUAAGUCCGUUGGCUGAGCCCACGGAUGGUGCUAAUAUCACCUCAAAGAUGCUGACAAAAAGGAAGUCAUCUUUUACUAGUACGUCAACUACAGGAGAAGGAGUACAUGAACAAGACGGCAUAGAACCAGCAGCAUUGACUACCGCUGCGAUGGAGAUGAGCGCCAAUAACGCUGGGACAGACACAGACUCAGAACUCACUACUAGCUCCGAGCAUUCGUCGGUGGACGAUCUGCUACCCUUUAGAAGGCGGCCUGCAGCAGAUUGGACUCCUAAAGGGUCUCUUGUGGAUCCAAAAAACAAGUUCGGCCAUAUGAAGACUUUCGUUGAGGAUCAACAGCAAGUUGGAGGUGGAGCGACCGCGACAGGUCGGAACCCCCGCAACGGGGCUACAACAUCGAGAAGAUCUUCGAAAACGGCUUCCACAAUAAGGACUACUCUUGUUGUUCCGGCAACGGUGGCGUUGAGUACACCAGAUCUGGAGACAUGUGCUGGCACGACAAAGAUGGAACAUCAAUGCGAGCCUCUUCUAGGAGGUAGCCCAGCCUUACAAGAAAAGACUUACUGCUCAGAAGACAGGACUACUUCUACUUUUUCCCCUUCAAUGUCAAAGGCGGUAGGCGUACCAACACCAAGUACAACAUCACACUCAGCAUCCUCAUCCGAAGACUCGUCGUCGUGUAAGACGUCGAAACAUCAACAUAGUUUAUUUGGUGAGGCAUCUUCAUUGAAGGCGAAGUCGAAAUCGAAAGCGGUUGCAUCAUCAUCAAUUGAAGCGCGUAGUAAAGAAUCGCAGGACUCAACGCUUGUUUUGGCGACAACUUCGAAAUCUACUGGAGAAGUCGUGCCAACAUACACGUGCCAACAUACACGGAUGCGAGGUGGAAGCUCGCGGUCCAGACCGCUACAAGAUGGUCCAGACCGCUACAAUUUGGGCCGUCUUCAGCAGGUUGACGAACGGGACGAAUACGAUAUGAGUACUAGUGAAAAUGAAAAAAACGACAACAAACUUAACGACGACAAGUAUCAGACAGGAGGAGACGUAAAACAUGAUGACGUGGAGGACAACCAGAAGGAUAACCAGAAGGCGAACGAUAUUGCCUGUACUACUGGUGAUAUUAGAAAUAAAGAUGAACCAAAGAGACAGCCUCAGUCAAGCAAAAAUGAAGACGAGUCUCUUCGCGGUGAAGUAGACGCUGUGACCACACUCGACGAAGCGAAAUCAUCUGAGAAUAUAGCAGCUUGUGCUCAUGAAGAACCUGAAAGGAAGGAGAAGAGUGGCAGCAAUAAAGCUGCUAGCAGUAGUGCCACAUCAAACGCCGCGUCGACGUCGACAUCAAAUAAGAAGAGUUCUGAUCAUGUUGAGGAAAGCACUUGUAGCACGAAUGUGACUUCUGCCUCUCCACCUUCUACUUGGAGUACGACAACUUCUACCUUGACGUCUUCUCCACAGGGGAUACCUUGGCGGGCCGCUGCCAUUCAGCCGAUCAGCCGAGCAGCAGGAGAGCAUAACUUCAGCACGACUCUUCUACCACCACAUCAGAGUCAUCAUCAACACUCGACAAAAGGAAAACGCAGCGUGUCAUGGGGAGCCAAGGGCAGUGGAAAACACCAGGAUCACCGCGAUCAUAUUUUUAACAAAGGAAAGAUGUCAAGCGCGAGCGGAGGCGGCAACCAGAACAAAGGACAACGAGGACAUCUUCCAGGAAGUUCAAGUUGUACAUCAAAGAACUCUUCUACUAAUGUUGACGAUCGUAUCAACAAAGGGGGAGGUGGAUGUGGUGGAGGUCCUUUCCGAAGAAACCUCCAGCAGGGCAAGGAUCUGCGUUCCUAUGGGAGCAAGGACCUUCAGCUGCGCCCUGACGUCGAUCGACGAAGUGCGUUGCUGGAGCAUGAGAUGACUGGUGAUUUUCCGUUGCGGCGGCGAAAAGCUAAAAACGACGGGCGGUUCUCGUCUUCUUCGGGGACUAGCAGCUUCGAUGAACGCGGUCGUCCAGGACAUCAUCAGGCACAGCAUCAACAUCUUCAAGUAGAAGAUCAUCAAAUAGAACAUGAACAUGGGCACCAACACCAUGAGGUACAGCCCGAUCAUCUUCGCAGGGAUGAUCAACAUCAGCAGAUUUUUGAUUCCCCUGGUCCUCGACAACUGUCCGCAGCCGAGCUACCGCUGCCGGGCGCCUCGCCUUUACAGUUCUGGCUCUCGUACAACACGCGCGACGCGUCAGACUGCGGGAGCACCUUCGGCUUGCCGUGUGUCACGCGAGAGGACGAUGAUGACGUUCACUGUUACAACUUGAAUCCGUUUACCUGCGGGGACGCUGGGAGCUUGCUUUCAUCUUCAUCGUGUCACCACGCUUCUCAUGGAGUGAGCAGCAUUGCUGCUUCGCCAGAUGCAUCGUCUACGACUACGAUGUCGAGCUCUUCUAGGUGCGGUGUAAACGUGCAUCAUCAACGCUCCACAACAACAUCUGCUGGUGGAGAUGACGAAUUGUUCUUCUCCUCGAGGAGAACGGGCUUAACUCCGAGUCACACCAACUCCUGGCAGCAGCACAAUGGUCCUAAUUUAAGGGUAGUUAGAAGUUGGCGACCUCUUUAGAGGCAUCUCUAUGCUUUCUUCAAGUAGGAAAGCCAUAGAUAUGCGAGCUAGAGCGGUCAACUUUCAACCCCUAAGUAAUGGCUCAGCGGGAGCAACGCACAGUACCACUAACAGUAAAAAUUGUGGUUCAUCUGCAUCGUCUCUUCAAUAUCGCGACUCUACUUUUGGGGACCUUUGCACCAAGAAUGGUGCGUGCUCCUCGCAGAACACGCCGUUCCGAGGGACACCUGCAGGAGCUGCGUUUCGCACGCCGCAGGCAACGAAAGUGGGCCUGAAAUACGGAAACACGGCGCCGCGUUUGCAGAGCAGCGGCGCAGCCUCUAGUCGAGCAAACUCUUCGGCGGGAGGCAAGGUGGGCCAUUUGCGCGGUGGCGGUGGCCGUUCGUCGUGUGCAACACCGGGAAACAAGAGCGGGUCGUGCUACGGUGGGAAGAGCGAAGGCACGACGCGCGUGCCGGAAAGCACCACAGUAGGCAAGAGCUUCACCUGUUCGGACAUCCUGUCUAGCCGCGAGACCUUCACGGAUGCCGCAUACAACGACUGCGAUCCGGCCACCCCGGCCGUAUUUCGCGACGUUGAGACUCCGGCGGGUCGGGGCAACAACAAUGGCGAACCAGUGUGGCUAAAGCCGACCCACCACCACAAUGCAAGUUCUUCAGGUGUGGACAGCGCCUUAUUUUUAAGGCUUACUGUAAUUCAUCUUCGGAUGCAUCUUUGGCGCCUUUUGUAAGGAGAAGGCACGCGAAAGAUGCUUGUCCAGAUGAAUUAGUGUGAGCUCUAAUUUUUGGACUCGGAGGGGCAUCUUCUUCGUCAACGUUGUUUGGAGGAGCAGGCGCUAUGGGAGCGUCCACAUCCUGGGCUCGAUCGGCCGCGAGUGCAGUUUUUACCCCACAGCGUUUCGCGCCUCAACAUCUAAGAGUGAACCAUGCAGCUUCUGGAGGGGUUGGGGGAGCAUCGUCUUCUUCGUCUCGAACGGGGGUACGGGACGUGGCCGAAAGUGGAGGAAUGAUGGGUGUUCCGCCCCCUCCUGGGUUCGAGACACAGAUGAGCACUGGUGGUGGCUUUUUUUCGGGAGAUCUGGAUGCUUUCGCCGGCAUGUGCAAUUUGAAAGGUGCCGCAACCCCAGGCAGCUGCAGCAGUUAUUUUGGUGGCGGCGCUCAUUCUCUCUUUGGAAAUUCCUCCGCAACACCGUACAUGCCUUACACUGCGGAGGAGCUGUUUGCUGCCCCAGGCGAUGAUGCGACUGCACUGCAGCCACAAGGCAGACUGCAGGACGGGCAAUUCGCGCCGUCCACGUCGCGGACUAGUGAUCACCGUGAUUGCACUGGUGGCGGACUCUCGGUGAAUCACUAUCUGCAAGGACUUUUCCAUAACUACUACUUGCAAGAGGAGAAUAGCGCAAAUAAUAAUGAGUCUUCAUCUUCAUCUUCUUCCACAACUACUUCGAAGAUGAUACUGGAGGAACCGGAGCCCUUUCCCCCGUUGUCUACUGCCAUAUCUACUUUGGCCGGAAAAUCGGGAGGAUCCGGGAAAGGUUCAAUACCUGACUACUUGGCGAGCGGGACUGGAGGGCGCGACUCAACUUCGCUUGGUGAAUACGAAGCUGCAGCGAGGGAACUCUUCGGAUCGUGGUCUCGAGAAGAUGCUACCGCGAAUUCCGGUAACAACCCGCUCCUUCGCACUACUCUUCGCGCCACUCAUCUUCUGUUGAAGAAAAAGGAGGAGAAAACGAACGACACUGAGCAGAAAGAAAGUGUCCUCUUUCAUCGGAAGAAGGAGGAGGAGGAACUUCUGCAAAGGGAGACAGCUUCUACAUCUUCAUGUUCAACAGGGAUGAUGGUAAAGUCGGAAGAACAAGGACGACUUGAUGUCCACUCCUCUCCUGGUGAGUCUCAUGCUCCUCCUUCUACGAAGAGUUGUCCUGGACAGGAUACGUCUACUCUUGCUGAUCGCAGGACGAGCGAAACCGUGCAGCAGCUGGAUACGUAUAAUACUUCGGGUGCAAGAACAGGAGCAACAUCAAUGUGGGAGGCGCCAACAUCAUCAACAUCGGGUUAUUACGAAGAUGCCGAGCAUCCUCAUGAUAGCAGCAAAGGGACACUGUCCACCGCCGUAGGUGCUAUGCUAGACUGCCGACAGCCAGAACAGCAGCUUGCCCGAUGGGGGAAAGACAGAACAGACAGAACCGCGGGGGCCACAUUCGCGGCUUGGUUGAGUGAUCCGUCUAAUUGUUCCAGUUCUUGGGAUUGGUGGAGGAAUCUCGGAAAGGGAGACAGCGGGAAAACGUGCGGAUUUGGAGAAGCUCCAUCUUGCACUUCAGUAGGACAAGGCCGCGUUGGAGGAAGAGGUCCUGAAAGUGGAGGGUUCUUGCGCGCGCCUCCCGGACUCGACCUACCAGAGGGAGAAGGCGAACAGCACACCACGCCCAUGAGGAGUAGCAGCAGUAAGCAACGCUCUUCCAUCAUGAAAAAAGGGAAAGCUGGUGCUGCGUCUCAGGCGAAGGACAUGUUGAAAGGCAGAGAACGAGAAGAAGACGCGGCGCUUUGCAAGCGAACAGAUGCCGAGAAAGGUGCUCCGCGUGCAGGGUCUUGCAAACGAGCAGAUGCCGUCGGUCGUCGAUCAGGCAAAGAUCAUAUUAAUGUUACUAGUCCUCAUGUACUUGGUGCUCCUUCAUCUACUUGGGCAUCUUCUCCCUCGAUUGAAGUACUAGAACAGGAAAGUAACAAGUCUAGUACUCGGCGGCGGGCGCACACAGCUGAAAUAAUUGAGGACAUGAAUAUGUCAGCAGCAGCGGUGAAUCAUCGAAGUGUCAGCUCCGCUCCGGGUGAAGCCGUUACGGUAAUUCCCUUGCGCAGCGAGUCUGACAUCGAAAAAGUAGAAGAGGAUCCGAGCAGCUGCAUUGUCGAUAGUAUUGAUGAUGUCGACCACCAACAGGAUCACGAUCAUUCGCCAACGCCGAACGCAGCUCGUGCUGUAGUUGGGGAGAAGAAAAAGAACUCAACAAGUUGUGAAAAGCAACAACGUGGUCCAUCCAUAGAUCAGCGAGAGAAAAACACCAGCAUCAAGACUUCUCGAAACACCAGUUUGAACACCUCCAAGGGAGGUCGUAAAAGUGGUGCGCACGACGGAGGACGUCGCGAAGAAUCAUCGUUAACAAGUCCUCGUGCGGUGGAAGGCAAGAGGAACAAGGCUGCUUCUAGUUACCUAAAUGCCACUGGAGAUCUAAUCUCGCUCGGAGUGUAUCGUCAGCGAGGCUUUUUCGGAAGGUGCACGGUGCCGAGUACCCGAGAGCAGGAAGAGGAAGCUACGGAAGCGUUAUACCUAGCGCAGCGCGGCAUAGCCGUACCAGCGCCAGCUACGCCGUUUGCCACGACUGUGCAACAGUUGAGGGGGAAAAACAAGAACAAAGGUAAUCGGGGAGGCCGAGGAGAGAACCUUGGCUUGAGCAGUGGUCCAUUCUUCGCCAACUCUGCGGUUGGUGGAGACGAUAAUCUGCCCACGACCGACGAGCUGUGCAUGUUCCUGCCUUGCGCGUCGCCGAAGUUUUCCCCAUCUUCAGAGGGGCCUUCAAAGCGAGAUCCAGUAGGGAGCAAGUUGCAAGUGCAAGAGGAUCAUCAACGUAUUAAACACGCAGGAGAAGUUGUAGUUCCCUCUGGUCCCGUGUUAGGGAGCAAAAAAGAGCACACAACUUCCGUAGUAACUGGUGCCUUAGAGGAGCAGCCCCACUUGACUCUUCGUGGGUCUCGUAAGCAGGGUUUAGUGCGUACGACAUCUGACAACUACCCUCAACACUUGGCUUCGCCUACAACUCAUAAGAACAAUUAUGAGUUGGCACUUCUGGUUCCCGUGGAGAAGAAAAGGAGUCGCGCGCACAGUGUCGUCGAUGAGGAUGACGGUAAUCUGCGAGGCGAGGAAUUCCGCGAGCCCUAUGAUUGUUCUGUCUCGUCUUCGUUUUUUCUGCUGAAUAGCCUGGCAACAACAUCACAGAGCAGCAGUGUCGCCUGUGCUGCUGGAGUGUCAUGCAUUGCCGGGAGUACGGGUAAGGAGGCGGUCCCCGGAACCGCGAAGUCGACCGCGGGAUUCCGGAUGAAAGCGGGAGCGAGCUGCAGCGCCGGCUUCGGUGGAGGGGCUUGCUCCUCCAGUACAACUACGACUGCUUCCUCGACGACCAAAUCAUGGGAACAGUCCUCAUCUACUACCACUGUAGUCAGUGGGAAUAGAGACGAGGACCAACAGCCAGCUCUUUGUUGGAUGAAAGAGCCGCCCUCUAGUGCUAGUGGUGGCAGUAAAGCAACUUCUAGUACGAAGAUGAAUCACAACAUCAGUGCUGUCAACUACGGAGGUGGGCCUCAAGUACUAAGCAAUAGGGCAGGAGGAUCGAAGAGCAAGCCGCGGUCUCUCUCUGGAAACGACCUGGGAGAAAAAACGUAACUAUUCUUUAGCUCGAGAAGAUGAAGAAGAACCUUCGUCAGAGAUCGUCGUCCGCGAAAGAUCAACAGGAUGAAUAACCUCGACACGCUGCGCGUGAGAGGGGGAAAGCAUACUCCAAAGAGAGUGUCCUCCGCUCGAAAAGCAUGUCGGACACGACGAUUCGAAUCAUCUACUGAAAACGAAUUCAUAUUGAAAAAUCAGAAAGAAGAGGACGGACAUCACCUGGCAAUUUACAAAUUCUGCGAAACUUUGUGUCACUGACCAGAGUCGACAGAAAAACCAUCAGCAUGAGAACAAAGCUGGAUGAAAAUCGUCUACAACUCCUCGUCCGAAGACCACUUUUCUUACCAUACUUACAUAGUUGAAUUUUUAUCAAACAAAUUGAAAGUCAUUUAUAAAUAUUGAUGCAUGCCGAUGAACGAAGAUGCAUCAUCAUCAAAUAGACUGUCUACACGUUCUCAGGUCUACACCGCCACAUUUGCUGUAUAACAAAGCGCAUGCGAAUGACAAGCGAACACCUGGGGACUUACUUUCGCCUGUCGCUACUAGUAUUAUGUCACCCUUAAUACCAAGUCCCGAUUUGGCGCACCACCAGCUUCAUGCCUCUGGGAAAGCAGGUCAACAAUAUGCGUCGCAACAAGUAGUUGCGACUCCAGUGGAGGUACCUAGUAACGGGAAUCCUACCUCUCAGCAAUACCAUGCUCCGGUGCUGUCACUAUCUUCAUCCGCAGGAGGAGAACAAAUAAAAGGUGGUGCGCCAGCACCUGCCGUGGAUAUUAGUCAUUGUAGUGCUGAAGAUGCAGGCGGCGCAGCUGCUAGUGGAGGCGGCGGAUGUGGUGUUACCACUGCACGUGGUGGCGCCUAUGGUACUGCAGCAGCACGCGGUGUUGAGACUGGCUACCCCACAGGAAAAGGCGGACCUGCAUCAUCGAAAGGCCCCAUAAAAGGUGACGUUCCACCAAUUACGGAAGGCUACAGUUCCGCUUCUGGUUCUAACGCUGCUGCUCGGAGAAGCACGACAUCAUCGUGCUCGAACACGGGAGGUUCUUACAGCUAUGGCGCUAGUGCUGCCAGGUCCUCCUCGGGAUUUGCUUCAGCCUCUGCUACAACAACUAGUGGUUUUGUCCCAGGUGGGACCACCAGCAAGAUGCGACUUAACGGCGCGCCGGGAACGAGCAGCGCGCACUCUCAGAAAUCAGAGGGAGUUCGACCACGUAGUUCGAUUAUUUCCGGGCUGCUACCACAGCGUUGGCAGUCGUGGAUGUUUGGGCAGGAGGAAGUUGAAGAUGCCACUAGAGGCCACAAAUCCCAGAGUAUCAUCACAACUACUGUGAGCGCGGCACGCAGCGGUGACGUCGAUGACGAAAGAAAUUUUGACGGUGUUGACGACCCUCAACAUCAACUACUGCCAAAGGCAACAUCUCGUACUUCCGUAUUGGCUCCUUUCGAAGCUGCAAGUCUGGGCCAGCACAGUCGUGAGGAUCUCAACCACGUGUCGGAAAACGGAGGCCAAGCAGAUCUAGUCAUAAAGGAGUCCCAGCAAUCUUCAUCCGCGUGUUCCUCGGAAAAUAGUUGUGCCACUAGAGUUGCGCCUGAAGACUUGCCGAAAGGUGUGCACUACGCAACAGCCUAUACGCAAAACCGCAACUAUAGCGGAUUCCAGCCCCGGGAAGAACCAACUGUCUUGCAGGAUACCUUGCGCUAUUGCCCAAGGCGCCUCGCGACAAUCGAGAACGACACAAAAUGGGCAAGGGACUCAAAAGUCACUACGGUAUAUCCUAUUUCUUUGAUCUUGCUCUCCAAUAAACUUAAGCAUGAAAUAAACGUUGAUGAUGCAAUUCGAGUUUGUCUUCCAAUAAGUAAAUAUAUUUAUAAACUUAAGCUCUCCAAUAUAUAAACUUAACUCGAGUUUGCUCUCCAAUAUAUAAACUUAAGCUUCAACAACAUCAACAUCUUCAGCACUCGAUUGUCUUCCAAUAAGUGCUGAAGAUGUUGAUGUUGUUGAAGCUUCUACGGUUGUUAUCUUGAAAAGAAAUUUCAUGUCUGUAUCUACACUUUCUGAUAUCCAGGUAAUGAUCCGCAAUAUCCCCAACCGGUAUACGACGGAGGACGUGCUGCAGGAAAUAGACGGACGCGGGUUUUACAAGAACUACAACUACUUUUAUUUGCCUAUUGAUUUCGGGAAUAAGGUGAACAUGGGCUAUGCUUUCUUAAAUUUUCUAGCCCCAAAGCACGUCGAGCGGUUUGCCAGGGAAUUCCACGAUACAAAACUGCCCAAAUACGCUACCUCCAAAAUCCUAGAAAUCUGCGCAGCAGGAAAACAGGUACUACUUAUUAGAGCUAUGAAGUGGGUUACGGUUUUUUGAGUUUUACUCUCCAAGGGUAACAAGGCUCUUAGUAGAUUUCGUGCAUCACUGUACAUCCUCCUUAAGCUUCUCCUUAAGAUGACCUCCUUAACCUCGAGAUGACCUCCUUAACCUCGACCUAGUAGUGUCAUCUUCCAUCCACGACCACCAUCAACAAGCUGCAAUUAUUUACAACUACAACAGUAAAACAAGCGGUUAGUUUUCACCUCCACACUCUUAGACUUAGGCUUAUCCCAUCAAAAAUUCAAAAUCUUCAAUAGGGCUUGGAGGAGAAUGUCGCGCGGUUCUUACGUCGAGAUACAAACCGGAUUCAAAACCCGUUUUUUUUGCCGCUUGUUUUUGGCUGGUCGAGUAAGAGUGAAUGGCAGGCUUAUCCUCUUACGCGCGAAAAUUUGAUCAAAAUUACAACAAGGGCGAAAGAGGUCGCAAGGGAGCUUACAAAAAAACGAGCAGCCGCAGCUUCUACUGGAGGUAAGUCUUAAUGUCUAUUUCUGAAUAGGAAAUUAAUAUUUGGGAGGAGCGCCCCUUCUAAGGAGCUCCUUUUAUAUUAGAUGACUUUACAACAGUACAACACUUACCGCACCUACUAGAGGUAGACUCUCGUGAUUAAAUGACUUUAGUACACUGUACAACACGUAUUAACUCACCUGAGACACAGACAUGACAUCUUUGGUUUGACACAUCUUUGGUUUUAUAUAUAGAUACUAUCAACAUGAUCCUCGUUGUGUCUCUUUCUUUUUUCAGGUCAGGACGAGAUGCCACAAGCAAAAAACGACAGAGAGAGCAAAAAAUGA